AUUGUCAAAGCACCUCGAUGCGGGCCGAGGAGAAUACGAUCUCAAGUACAAAGGAAUCAUGAUUCCCUCCUGCGCGUUGUCGAUUGCACGACGGCUACCGCUGGUUUUCCUCCCCUUGACACACUCAUGGUUUCUCUCAAGAAUGCGUCGGCGACGAAACCGUUCCUGUUCAGGAGCGACUAUGUUUCCGAUCUCUUCAACGUACAACGAGCUCGCAGAUCCCUGCUAGUCAUCAGCGUGAUCGCCCUGCUCAUGCUGAUCGUCAAUUAUACGUACGAGUACAGGCAGCACAUAUAUGGUCUCAUGCCCUCGCUUGACUCAAACGAAGAGAAGAGCACAAAACAUGACACACCACGACCGAACAACCUCCACGUCUUGAUGACUGCACAGAACAAGGAUGUGAAUAUAUGCAAGCUCUCGCUUGGCUUGAGCCUGUUCGAUUAUCCCGCUCCAACCGUGAUCGGAUGGGAGUCGAGAUUUGACCAGCACUUGCUGGGUGGCGGUUCCCAUCUCGCCAAAAUCAGCUUGGUCCUCGAGCAUCUCAAGAGCCUUCUCGACUCGGGUCAUCAAGCUUCCGACCUUGUCUUCAUGUUGGACGCGUUCGACAUCUGGGUACAACUACCGUGGCAAGCACUUCUCGCGCGCUACCACUCCAUCAACUCAGCCGAGAACAAGCGGAUAUACCAACGAAUGGGAAAAGCCGCCGCGAAAGAACACGUCGAGCAGACAAUCGUAUUCGGCGCCGGUAAAAGAUGCGCCCCAAAUGACCUGUACAGCAUCGCAUGCUUCGCUAUCCCCGACUCACCACUGCCCAAAGAUCUAUAUGGCGCCAACACCGACUCAUCCAUCGGCAUCAACGGCGCCGCCAGUUAUCGCCAACGCUACCUCAACUCGGGGUACGCAAUUGGUCCGUUGGGCGAUAUGUAUCGGUUGUUCGUGUUCGCAGAACGCCGUCUGAACCUUUGCAUGACGUACAACUCGAGGAACCCGAGUCCCAGCGACCCAGGAGAUAACACACCGGGCUUCUGCUACGGCGGCAGCGACCAGAGUAUCUUUGCGGAUCUUUUCGGCGAGCAGGAAUUCCACCGCGAGAUCAUGCGCCGCCACCAUCAUACAUGGCUAGACAGCGUGUUGGAGUUCUUUUGGAGGUCUCGCCCCGGCUCGAAGCGACCCAACGCGAUAUUGCUGGGCGCCGUUAUCGACGACGUUGUCGACCCAAGUUUCAGCCACGAGACCAUGGACACGACGUACCUGCCCGGCAAACCGCACGAGUUUGGUAUUGGAUUGGACUAUUUUUCCGAGCUGGGCCAUCAGACCAUCAACAGCGAAGAGCCUGAAGAUGCUCAGUAUUUGUUCUACAACGAGAGUAUCGCUGGACAAUUGAAACCGCGGAGUGUAGUCGCAUGCCCCCUGAACGAGAAGCUAGCUUCUGCGACGGAUGAAGAUCCUGCGGCGGCGCUGCCCAAGGAUAUUUGGACGUGGCCGUUGCCGGGGGUCGAUGGACCGAGUUGGCCGGCCUCCAUAUCGUUAUACACGCAUUUAUGUCUGGGCGUAGUGCCUGCCAUGAUCCACCAUAAUGGUAAGAAGGGACGGCGCGAAAAGGAUUGGGAUAAAUUGUGGUAUCAGAAGCAGUUGCCCGCAAUGAUGAAUGCGGGAGUGAAAGCGAGUGGCGAGACGCCUUGGACAAGAAUGAAGCCUGGGAUAUGGACUGUCGAGGCGGGUAAAGAGAAGAAGUUCUUGCCUUGGGUCGAUGCGUGUCCGACGGAGUAUGAUCAGGCGCUUUAUGGGGCGGGUUUUGAUAGGGGGACGACACCUUUGCCCGAGGGAUUUUGAUUGAUGAUACCAUUUGUUCUUGAUGGAGGGAUUGACACGGCGUUUACUACUGUAUGACGAGCGGCGACAUGGUUCUUUUUUAUCCUCAGAGAG